UCCUAUAUGCGUUCAGGAGACCAGGACACAAAGAAGCAUUCUUGGAACUUAUAUCAGGAUCGGUAUGAAAUUUUACAGCAAGCCUAAAUACUCAGCUCUAUUUUUAAGCAAAAACAUUAGUGAAUUAAAAUUUGGAGACGAUUUUACUGUUUCCAUAACAAAUAUUUCAUUGGAUGUAUAUAACGUUACUGUUAUGGUCAGUGGAUACGAAAUAAAAAUCAACAUCACAGAAUUCAGUGAGGAAGACAUUGGAAAUUAUACUGUUGAUAUUACCAAUGAGUUUGGUUAUUCUAACUGUACAGUGCAGUUACUGUCUCUAGGAAAUGGCAAUCCUCAACAUAAUCACACGGAGAAAGUUGUAAUAGAGGACACGAAACGGACAGAAGAAACCAAGCCUCUACAAUGGUAUAUUGUGGCAUGUGGAUCGAUCAUAGUGGUAUUGUUAGCAAUGUCAGCACUACGAUCUACAUUUUUAAAAACGGUUAAUACCUGUUCAGAGCCAACGAUUUGGAAGCCAUGUUAUCACAAAAGCACAGAGAAACAAGCAACUAGGAAACAAAGGAGAGCUUACAGUGAUCAUUUCACGGAGGUUACUCUAAAUCAAUUACAAAAUGGUGAACGAAUACUGAGAAUAGGACAGACCAAUGAAAUGAACGCCAGUGCUGAGAGCAACAUUUGAUUUGUUAGUUUUUGUUUUCUUAAUGUUACGAUUCGUCUUUUCAAGUAUUGUUAAAAGUUGGAAAUUGAUCUUGAUAUCACUAUCAGUUGAUAAAAGAAAACGCACGAUUUAGGACCAAAUUGGCCCUGAAAUGUAUAUACAUGUAGGUCUUUAAUUUGAAGAAUAAAAUUAUACUGUUUCUACUUCUUUAGUAAAGCAUUGCAGUUUUCA